AUGUCCUCGACCGCAUUCGCCGCAUUCUGGCGGACCGACCUCGUUCGCGAAUGCUUCUUAUCUCAUGUCCACAAGGAUGAUUUACCAUCUCUGCGACUUGUGAGCAAAAGCCUUGCCGGCGACGUUGCUCCCACGCUCUUCAAGAAUCUGGAGAUUCGUUUCAGCACGAACAUACUAUCGCGCAGGUCGCGCAUGUCUGCGUUGAAAAGAAUUGGCAUCCAUGUUCGACGCCUUUCCUUCAUCAUGCCACACCACUCUGACACCUUCUUACCGCCGCUGCUCGUUCCCGGCACUCUGGAGGAAGUCACCUUUAUGUACGAGCCCCGGAUCAACACUUCAAGACCGAAUUCAUCUUCCAGUUGUUCCUCGUCAUCCUCAUCGGCCUCUAAAUACGGCUCAUGGGAGAUGAACGACCUUCUGGUCAAGCAAUAUCCUCCUUUAUUUCAUGCCGCCACCAACGUGGACUCAUUCUUUCACGCAGUCAGUUCAAUGCCAAGGUUGCAACAUCUUCAUAUCUCUUGUCCAAGUCAACCUGCAGGUCAAAGAUACCGAAAGGAUAUUGUUGACUAUGCCCUGAUAUCGUUGAGAGUGGCCGUGGAGGCCGCCAAACUAAGCCACCUUGAAUCAUUAACCCUGGCACCAAUACAUCCUGCAGCUGUAUUUUACCUUCGUCCACAAUUGAGCAUUGGGUCAUCCCCAGCAUCCUCUCGGGUUUGGAAGGGCAUCAAAUCCCUGGUCAUUGAGAUGGACAGCUUCGAAUAUGGCCGGAACCAGCCGUCAGAUCACCUGAAGAUCCUCCAUAGCUAUUUGCAGACAUUCCAAGCUCUGGAGCAUUUCGAAUUCCAAUGGAUUGGCGGCAAGGGACCUUGUCCGUUGGCUCUUCACACUGAGCCUUGCACCUCACGCCCGACAUCUCUCGACUGCUCGAAGGCGUGCCCAGACGCCAGUGCGAGACCACCUUGCAGACCUCUCAAAUUCCGGCAUCUGAAGUCUAUGCGUCUUAUCAAUGCAAGCUUGGAUGCUGCUCAAGCCUCUGGCUUUAUCAUGAGCCAUCGAAAAGUCUUACAUGAAUUUCAAUUUGAUCGGUGCCAUUUGAGAUCUGGGACCUGGGAUGACGCCUUGGCUCCAUUGACUCGCAUCGUCGGCAACGACAGCUGGAAACAGAAACAAGAAGAGGUCAUGGAUGUACCAAUCAUGCUCAGCCCAGUCAGUGAAAAAACCGAGAUGGAAUGUGUCCAGGAGCACUUAUGGGACGACGUGCUGCGGAAGAGCAAAGGCUUCCAGACUCUCCGCAAAGUAAGCCUGAAAAGCAAGGAGCUGCUUCCCGAAGUGAGGCGGUUGUUAAGGAGCGCCAGGCUUGCAUGGCAUUGA